GGAAGCUGAGCCAGAGCCGGUACCGGGGAGGUGGCCGGGCGUGGAAAGUGACGCGGAGCUGAGUCGUCCCCACACCUUUCCACCCUCGCCCGCAGCCUUCCAGCCCGGCCCGGCCCCCCAUUCCUCGGCCCCCAAUCCCGGGUCCGGUCCAGCCCCCUCUCCUUGGGCUCGACCGGCCCGGACGCCGCGAUGACCGUCACGUACACAGCUUGCGUGGCGAACGCGCGCUUCGGCGGCUUCUCGAAGCUGCUGCUGCUGUGGCGCGGGAGCAUCUACAAACUUCUGUGGCGCGAGCUGCUGUGUUUCCUUGGGCUCUACAUGGCGCUGAGUGCCGCCUAUCGCUUCGUGCUGACCGAAGAGCAGAAGCGCUACUUUGAGAAGCUCGUUCUUUACUGCGACCAGUACGCCAGUCUCAUCCCGGUCUCUUUUGUCCUCGGCUUCUACGUAACGCUGGUGGUGCACCGCUGGUGGAACCAGUACCUAUGCAUGCCCCUGCCCGACGCGCUCAUGUGCGUGGUGGUCGGCACAGUGCACGGGCGCGACGAGCGCGGCCGCCUCUACCGACGCACGCUCAUGCGCUAUGCAGGGCUCUCUGCUGUGCUUAUCCUGCGCUCUGUCAGCACCGCUGUCUUCAAGCGCUUCCCCACCAUAGACCAUGUGGUGGAAGCAGGGUUUAUGACCCGCGAGGAGCGCAAGAAGUUCGAGAACCUGAACUCAUCCUACAACAAGUACUGGGUGCCUUGCGUCUGGUUCUCCAACCUGGCGGCGCAGGCUCGGCGCGAGGGCCGCAUCCGCGACAACGGCGCCCUUAAGCUGCUGCUGGAGGAGCUGACUGUGUUUCGGGGCAAGUGUGGGAUGCUCUUUCACUACGACUGGAUUAGCGUACCCCUUGUCUACACCCAGGUGGUGACCAUCGCUGUGUACAGCUACUUCCUGGCCUGCCUCAUCGGUCGCCAGUUCCUGGACCCGGCGCAGGGCUACAGAGACCACGACCUGGACCUGUGCGUGCCCAUCUUCACCCUGCUGCAGUUCUUCUUCUACGCGGGCUGGCUCAAGGUAGCUGAGCAGCUUAUCAACCCCUUCGGAGAGGACGACGAUGACUUUGAGACCAACUUUCUGAUCGACCGCAACUUCCAAGUGUCAAUGCUGGCCGUGGACGAGAUGUACGACGACCUGGCCAUGCUGGAGAAAGACCUGUACUGGGACGCAGCUGAGGCUCGCGCUCCCUACACCGCGGCCACCGCCUUCCUGUUGCAGCAGCCCUCCUUCCAGGGCUCCACCUUCGACAUCACGCUGGCCAAGGAGGACAUGCAGUUCCAGCGGCAGGACGGCGUGGAUGCGCCGCUGAGCGAUGCACACGGCGACUUCCUGCAGCGCCUCCUGCCGGUGGGCGCGGGCAUGGCCGCUGGAGGCCUGCUGGGCCGGCGCCUGUCUUUACUGCGCCGCAAGAACAGCUGCGUGUCGGAGGAAUCCACAGCCGCCAGCUGCGCAUGCGCGGGCGCCCCUGAUGGCGCGGCCCCAGAGUGCAGUUGCGGUGACCCGCUGCUAGACAUAGGCCUGCCGGAGCCGGAGUCUGAGCCCCACGCCGGCCACGAGCCGCCAGCCCCCGGACCACCCGCCGAGCCCUUCACCGUUGUGCCAAUGCCCGGGCCCCGGGGGCCGGCUCCACUCUGGCUGCCCAGCCCCAUUGGCGAGGAGGAGGAGAGUCUAACCUGAGACCCUUGGACCCUGGAUCCCCAAGGACAGGGAAAAUGCCCCAACACCGCCCGCAAGCAGUGGUUUGGGCUUUAUAAGCUGCCUGUGGACUCUGCCUGCCCGCUUCUUACCUGCCUGCAUCCCGCCUUUACGUUUGGCACAGAGGCUUGGAGCGCCUCCUGUGGGCCAGGCACUGCACUGAGGGGCAGGGUAUUCUUCCAGCAUCUUUGAACUGCCGGUCCUUACCACCAGCUCUACUUCCUACCCGCCACUGCGUGAGAGUUUUUAUCAGUGUGCCCUGCCUUUCUUCUUUCCUCAAAAUGGACAUAUGAGUGCCCACCUCAAUGAGCUGUGAGGGUGAAAUGAAAUGUGGCUUUAAACUGUUUAGUACAUA